UCUUUUUUUUUUUCAACGUCUUCUUAAUUUUCAACUUCCUAUAUUUCUAAAGAUGCCUUUCCCGUUUUGAUUCACGCUAGCUACCUUUCUCUCUUUCUCUAGUAACUAAGAUGAACGAGUGAUCUGCGAAGAAAUCAUGUAUUCAAUCAUGCAGAGUAAAGGACUAAAAGGCGAGGAAGAAAAUAAAUCCCUGGCAACCCUCAAGAUCAAGAUCAGCAUCCAUGAGGGGAGCAAGCAUUAGAAGAGACGAUCUAGUUGCUUUAGAUUCCUUUUUUCUUCCUUUUAAUUAUCCUUUCUCUCUCCAUUCUUAGGGGGAGAAACCAAGAACGAAAGAAGUUCCCCUGUGGAAUGGGCAUAAGAUCAGAGAAACUACGAAAUGACUCAAUGCAAUGAACGUGUCGACAACCAAACAUUAAUCAUCGCCGCAAAGGCCGACAAAGAUGAUCAUUAUCUGAUUAGAACUUGUCGCAUGUGUGGUUAUCAGUUUAAAUGCAGAGAUCAUAAGCAGGCUGGACUUCAAGAUUUGCCGGGGCUACCUUCGGGUGUGAAGUUCGAUCCAACUGAUCAAGAAAUUCUUGAACAUUUGGAGGGCAAGGUUCAAUCCGAUGCUAAGCUUCACCCUCUUAUCGACGAGUUCAUCCCUACGAUUGAAGGAGAGAAUGGAAUUUGUUACACCCACCCAGAGAAGUUGCCAGGAGUUAGCAAAGAUGGCCUAGUCCGUCACUUCUUUCACCGGCCGUCAAAAGCGUACACGACGGGGACUCGAAAGCGGAGAAAGGUGAACACUGACAUGGAAGGUGGUGAGACGAGGUGGCAUAAAACAGGAAAGACAAGGCCAAUCUUGGACAGUUGCAAGGUGAAAGGUUUUAAGAAGAUACUUGUGCUCUACACCAACUAUGGGAAGCAAAGAAAGCCUGAGAAAACAAAUUGGGUAAUGCAUCAAUACCACCUUGGAAAUAAUGAAGAAGAGAAAGAUGGAGAGUUAGUGGUUUCAAAAGUUUUCUACCAAACCCAGCCAAGACAGUGCGGUUCCUUGAUCAGUAAGGACUCAUCGGUUUCUUCAAAAGCAAAGGGACAAAAUGCACAUGAAGGUGGUACAGCUGGUCUUAGAAAAAAUGCUCUCUUUGAGUUAUAUAAUUCUUCUUUGAUAUCCUUUGAUCAGGGCAGCAAAACUAGGGCUAGUACUCCUCAACUACUUUCUCAUUUUGCAGUCAAUGAUGGAUCUUCUUUUAUUUCUUGAAAGAAAGGAAUCAAAAAAGCUUUAUGGGAAUGAAGAAUUAAGAAUAGGGAAUAGCGAUAGCCAAAUUAUGCUUCCACGAAUUAUUGAGUUAUAAUAAUUUAAUGUGCAUCAUAUAUAUGUAUAUUUUUUAGGGAUAUAUAUUAUAUGAAGGUGGGGAAUAAGGAUGAUU